AUGUCACGUGGUUGUACUUACUGUUUAACCGCUAUAGACAGAUUUUCUAGAUGGCCAGAAGUUUUUCCAAUUCAGGAUAUUUCGGCUGAAACCAUAGCUCGUACGUUAUUUGAAGGCUGGAUAGCUCGAUAUGGAGUUAUGGAGAGAUUGACAACAGAUCAAGGACGGCAAUUUGAGUCUACUCUGUUCACCGCAGUAACGCAAAUUUUAGGGUUUAGAAGAAUACGUACAUCAGCAUAUCAUCCACCAGCCAAUGGAUUAGUCGAACGAUUUCACCGAUCACUUAAAACGGCAAUAAAGUGUUACGAGACUGAACACUGGACAGAUGUACUCCCCUCAGUUCUUAUGGGCCUUAGAUCAGUGAUUAAAGAAGAUCUAGGUUUAACACCCGCAGAAAUUGUAUUUGGAAGUACGAUUAGAUUACCUAAUGAGUUUUUUAUGCAGUCAUCAGUGGCGACAGACCCUUGUUCCUUUGCUGAAACACUAAAGAAAACAAUGGAAACCAUACGCCCAGUGUCAACUUCAAACCACGGAAGUAAAAAAGUUUUUAUAUAUAAAGAUCUAGCAUCCUGUUCACACGUUUUCGUUCGGGUCGACCGGGUCAAGAAACCGCUAGAACAACCAUAUGAAGGGCCGUACAAAAUUGUUCAACGAUACGAAAAAACCUUUAAAUUAUUAAUUAGGCAAAAAGAAUGUAUCAUAUCAAUAGACAGACUGAAGCCAUGUUUCAACGAAAAUGAAGAUAAUAACACAAAUCUAUCAAUAACAACGAACCAGCACAACCAGAGAAAUACAACUACAAGACCAACAAUAAUACAAACAAAACAAACCAA